AGCUGCAGGAAGCCGACUCGGCGGAGGGGCAUGGCACGAAAUUGAAGCAUGUUGGUGAAAACACACGCAAUCAAGAGGGAGCCGCAACAAUAUUGUGUGCGUGUGCGUAUGUGUGGGCGUGUGUGUGUGUAGCCUUCGCGGGGAAGCUCGGCGCUGGCACAUGCUUCGAAGUGACUGUAGAAAGUCCAGCCGAGACGUUUUACCGAAAGGUGGCGGCGGGAACGUGGGCGGAGGGUCGCUGUGAUGUACCGAGCUGCAGACGUGACGCGACAGUGAACCGACGAUGAAAAACUCUCCGCCUGCCACCCUCUGAAAGCCUUCCUCUUCCUUGGGACAAGUGACCCGCGUGUGACCGAUUUUGAGAUCGCUGGUUGUACUAAACUAGUCAGUACAAAACGUGACAGUGAGCCGAUGAUAAGAAACAGUCCUCGUCUGCCACAAGACAAGUAAAGCGUGAGUGGCUGGUCAUAGAUAGUUGUCAGUGUUAAACACAUCAAUACGAGACUGUCUUGCUGGUUGAAAAGGUGGUAUUCCGUCAUAACAAAUCUUACCCAUAAAGAUGCCUCCCACUGAACUCCGUGGGGCUGGAAGGGGCAUGUGAGAAACACCCACGGGUUGCCAUGUGUCUCGCAGAUUCGUCGGAGCGUUAGCAUUAGGAACGAUCUAAAUGUUCGGGAGCGGAGGGAGAGAGUGCGUGCAGGUGUUGUCCAGAAGCCAGGAGUCCCCGGCCAGGAUGCAGGGGCCAGCCCUUAGCCUGGCAGGGCAAGCUAAUACCACAGUGACCGUGUACACUCAAGGAUCCGCGGGCGACACCAACACUCAACACGACUCCUCCAUUGUUGGCACGGACAAAUGCAAUAGCCCUUACCUUCAGCAGAACAACAGCCCCUCACAAGGGUCUUACGCUGACAACAACGAUGGCCUCCCUAACUACGACCCUUCACGGUGCGCGACAAACAAGAGCAUGUGUGUACUAGGCGGGGGGGUCCUGAGGCACGCCAACGACAACACUCUAAGCAGCAGCGAUGACCUCACCUCUCUCACCUGGCUGCACUCCCUGGACAUGGGGGGCAUGGUGCCCCACCUGGCCACCCCUCCCACCCCCCCGGCGUCCCCACAGCCACACAACCCCCUGCUCACACACACUACACACAUGCCGCCCACGGACAGGAAGAGAAAGGUCGACGGUCAAGAAAAGCCGGACCGAAUCGACUACUCGCAGGACGGCAGCGCCAAGCCUCCGUACAGCUACGCGGCACUGAUUGGCAUGGCCAUGAAGGAGAACCAGAACAAGAUGACGCUCUCCGCCAUAUACAAGUGGAUCAAGGAGAACUUCGCCCUAGAGAGAGAGAGAGAGAGAGAGAGGCAAAACUCCAUCCGCCACAACCUGUCCCUGAACAAGUGUUUCCUCAAGGUGCCUCGUAGUAAGGACGAGCCAGGCAAGGGAGGCUUCUGGAGGCUCGACCCCGAAUACGCGGAUUCGCUUGUGGAUGGCGUGUUCAAGAAACGAAGACCCACACGACCCACUCUGCCACCUCCCUCAAAGUCCAAAAAGCACAGGAGACUCCCAUGUCACUCAUCACAGCAACAACAUCUCCACCAACAGCAGCAACAGCAGCAGCAACAACAGCAGCAGCAACAACAACAAGAACAGCAGCAGCUACAACACCAACAGCAGCACCUGGGGGUUAAAGUGUUGCUGCAGCAGCCCCACACAGCCUUCAUGCCGCCCCCCACCAACAAGCCGCCGCCACCGCACGCAACGCUUUAUAUUGGGCAGGACGGCAUAGAGGUGGACAGAGAAACAGGUGAGAGCACAAGCAGCCUGAAGGAUGAGCUUGUAUGGUCCACAAUACUGGGUGAGGAAGUAAAUGACGAUGCAUGGCCGUGCCGUACCCAAGAGCUGGUGACAGACCUAAGCCAGACUGGCGACCCCUCAACCUACCCCACCACCCUCACACCCUCACACCACCACCACCACCACCAUGACCUGUCUCAGCAACACAUGGAUUUCAGUGAUCAUGUCAGCCAGCACCACCACCACCAAGUAAUCACCAUCACAACUUCAACCACACCUUCGUUGCCAUCCUUGGAGCUCAGCCCAGCCUCCUUAGGGGUCGAGGAAGACCUCUUCACUAGUCCAGACUGUUCUGAGGCUUCAAAUGAUGAUGCAGACUCCCUCACAUCUUCUCUUGAAAUCAAUAAUGAGGGAAGCUGGAGUAAAGGGGUUUAUGAAGAACUUCCGUCCAUGAACACCUUUUGCAAUAGUUUAACACAACUCAGGCCCUUGGAACCUUCCACAGCUCCUGUGCUGGUUCAAGAUGCUCAUGCUUGGGGUCCUGACACUAACUGGGAUGAAGCCAAGACUUUAUCCUUACUUGAUGCCAAUCUUGACUUAGAAAACCUAAUAGACCUUGAUGUACUGUAAUGAUUUAGUCUGUAUUGUAGUCUAAAUUCAAGAUGGUUACAUCUCUAAUUUCACUAGGUUUUGGUAUUGUCAUUAUUUUCACCUUAAAUAAAAGAUUAAGCAAUCACAACAUACCAUGGGCAAUCUUCUUAAGUGCAAUAUAUAAUAAAUUAUUACUCAAGAUUACUUUUUAUAACAGUGGAUAAAUAAUUUUGAUAUUGUUUUGUGUUGACCAAACAUUUUGGAUGCACAGCUUAAAAUUAUUUUUUCAUCCAUAUUUAACUUCAAUAAUAAAUUUGGUAGUUAUUGCUGUGAUUACUUACUUAAGUUCAAGACUGCAAACUUGUUGUAUUAUACAUGUAUGAGUAUAAUAAUUUAUUGUAGUGAUAGAAUUAGAAUUUUAUGAGACAAAGGCAAAAAUUGUUCUCAAUUUAUGUAAACCUAUUACCCUAGGGUGUGGAGAUAAUAUACAAAAAAGCAUACAUACAUGGUAACAUGAAGGAAAUGGGAGUAGGUAGUCUAGUCAAUACAGCAUUAUGUAUAUCAAAACUGAUGCUCAUAUGGAGUCCUGAAUUCACUGUGCCAUAGCUUGGUUAAAAUGUGAAUACAACUAAUUUUCUAGGAACUAACAUUUUACUCACUUUGCACAACAAAGAACAUUAGCAUGUAUGGUAUUCAGAGUACAGUCAGCAAUUAUGUAAUACAUAUAUAUAAUUUCUUUGAACAUUGUAGGAAAUUAAGAAAAAAUAGAUAACAACCCUAGAUUGUAUUUAUGAACUUUACAUAUCACUGCAUGACGAGUGACAAUAAAAUAUUGCUCAUCUGUCAUUUCAGAAGUACUGAAGCUGACCUUUAAUACUUCAUAUAAAAGUUAAUCCUUAUGUUGUACUGAAGCUGACCUUUGAUACUUCAAAUUUAAUUAUGUUAAGUUCCUUUUUGCCCAAGUGUGCUUGUAAAUACUAGUCAUAUUUACUGUAGACAUAGCACUGUACUUAUCUAGUCACACUUCCUAAGUAAACACACCUUAACAUUUACAAAAUAUGAAUAUUGUAUCAUAUAAAUGUAUUUCUAUGCCGUUUUCGUAUAUUAUUUUCUGUAUUUACUCGUAUGAUCAGCAUUGUGGUUGUUGUCCAAUUUUCUCUCCCAUGCUGAGAUGCCCUAACCCUACAUUCCGUCCAGAUUGUCAACUAGGUCCAACAAGAGAACCUUAAGUUUUCUUCCAUCGGUACCUAGAUCGUGUGCCUGUGAGUUUGUAAGAUGAUGUAAUGUACCUGCUUCUAGGAGAAAAAUGGAUCCCUCUGAAUGUAUCUUAUUUCAGGAAAAUGCUUUUCUUAUGUUUGCAAAAUGAAUUUUUACCCUUGAUUUAUGAUAAUUCACCUAAAGCAAGGCUGUAAAGGUUGGAAUCAGAAAUAGAUUACAAAUAAAUAAUGAAACAAAAUCACUGAUACAAUGUAAAAACUUAUAUCUUUGGAUAAGUAUGAACCAUUCAUAAAAUUAAUUAUCAUAAUGAGAAAAUGUGUCUAAAAUUCAUGACUUGAACUUUCCCCUAAGUAAUCAAUCAACCUGAUUUUCUUUAUUUGAUUAGUGUAUUCCAAGUAUAUCCUGUUUAAGAGAAAGCUUCAUGACAUAAGUUUUUCCAAGCCAUCAAUCUAGCACUGUGGUAAGAUUCUUUAAAUCUUGUGGUGGAAAGAUUUAAAUGUGAGGAUGCCAUUAUGAAGUAUGAACAUAAACUGGUCAGUAAGUGUUGAUCCAUUUUGUUGCCGAGACAAAAAAAAAAUACACCUAUUCAGUUAUCUCUAGAAUAAAUGAAGAAUGGAUGUGUAUGUAAGGAAGCUUCGUGAUAAUUUCUUUAAACUGCAAAUAUUACUUACUACAUGAGUGAGCAUAGCUGUAGAAGCAAAAUUUUAGUGACAGAAGCACCAUUAAUACUAUCUGACACUCAUAACUCAUGUCAUUGAAAACUAUAUUAGAAUCUGUUAAAUCAACAUAUAUAAUGUAACAUAAGCCUUUAUAUUAUCAACUUAGAUUUUGCAAUAUUUUAGCAUGGUGUGAUAAUAUUCCUUUUCAAAUACUAGAGGUCAAAACUUUAAACAUAUGUAAUGGUUACAACUCUCUCUCUCUCUCUCUCUCUCUCUCUCACACACACACACACACACACACAAACACAUAUGCUUCAUAAAUGGACACAUUUACAAACGUUGUUAUACAGGGGGCAGUAUAUCGCUCUUCACACCAUUUUCCUCGAAAAAAAAAAAUGUGUGCAGUGCAGCAGUGAAGUUCAUGGCUUUUUAGUCUUAUUCUAAAUUAGUGUUGAAAUUAUUUACGCUUUGCUGUUGUACCUCUACUUUUUUUUGUAUAUUUAAAAAUAUGUCUUCAUUUCCUAGUGUAAAGAGUAUUCUAAUGGCUUCCACACAUAAAACUGCAUUUGUCUGAUAAUACUACAAGAAAAGUUCAGUGUUGGAGAUGAAGCUUCAGCUUCUAUGGAAAUGCGGAGGAGAAACACAUCAUUAACCUUUGAUGGAUUAGUACAAAUAAAUGUAGUAAUAUUUUACAUCAGUCAUGGGAAAAGAAACAUUUUCAGAAAAUCAUGAAAGAAAAACAAAAUGUCACAAACAUGAAUUAGUGAGUGGUGAAUAUUGGACAAUAUAUAACCAGUAUUACAUGCCUUGCUCCUUAAUCUUGGCACAGUCUAGCAUCAAGCAGCUAACCAUCUGCAAGGAAUGAAUAUUAUCCCCAACUCUUUAAUUAGACUGUCAUUUUCAUCAUGAAAAUACUAAAAUACUCUUAUCCUUCCAAAUACUAAUCAUUACUAAAAGCAUCAUAUCAGUGGAUUAAAGUUUAUAAUUUUUAAUAUUGAUUAAUUCAGUGUGUUUGAGACUAAAAAAAUUUGAGCCCAGAAAGCUACUGGGAGCACACUCAGAUGUGGCAAUCUUACCCACAAAACCACAAACCCUGAAACAAAAGAAAGCAGAAAAUUAAUGCAAAUGCACAAUAAAUAAGAGGUCCAUUUUUCUGUCAUAUUCAGUACAUAAGAAUUUCAGAGCAAGUAGCAUUUAGUGUAUGAAUUCCUUGUGAGAGUAAGGUACUACUGAUGGAUUUAUUGUGAAAACUGGGAGGGGUUGAAAUAAAUGGCACAAUUUUGCCUUUUCCUAUCUGUCACUGUUUGAAUAGUCCCCAACUUCUCUGGUGUUUUUGUUUGUGUAUUUUUCUAACUUAAUUAAAAUGUACUCUACAACACUUCUGGGCAGUUUAAGACUAUCAUGCCCAGAAUAACUACCUGCUGUCCCUCACCCGUAAAGAGGAUUGGGAGUGGAAAAAAAUGGCUACAGAUGUUAAUUCUGGCCCAGUUUGCUACCUCUACUAUAUAAAGAUUCCUCAUAUCUGUCUGUCUGUCAUUCCACUUUCCAGUUCAUACAUGGGCUGGGAAAAUUAAAAAAGAUGACUGUCCUGCUCCAGAAGAGGAAGAAAUCACACUCAUGAACUUUACUAUUUGACAAAAGUGGAUGUCAACCUUUGGUACAAGACAUGAGUAGGACAUGGUGAACAAUUUGUUCACCACCCCUGACUGCCAACCACUGCAGCCAUACCCACAGUCCCUACAGACAGAACCUGGACUGACUAUUCUCUCCAAGAGUUCCAUGCCACAUACACUUCCUGGAUGAACCUGCAAUACCCUAACAAGAACAUGGUUUUGGACAGAAUUUUCACACUAAGAUCUCCAAAUGGGCCAACAACACAAUGAAAAAGGCCCCUAAGACUGAAAUCUGUACCUUCUUUAUGAUGAACAAAAAGGAAAUUGCCAAGUGUGCCACAGAUGGCAAUUACUGUGCUGCAGAUAAUGCUGCAGAAGUGUGGUGCCACAUGACCUCUCCUGGAAAUGUGGAUUGAAACAUCUGGUGUGUGGCCAUUGAACAGGAGAAGACCUUGCCUUGCUCAAGUUGAUGUGCCACUGUAAAUUACUUUGAACAUAAACUAUGAGUUUAUAAUAUCUUAUUAUUACAAUGCUGUCACACUCUGCAUCUUCUGUGACAACUGGGGGUCUGAAUAAGAACCUUCUCGUGCUUCUGAUGGUAUUUCAGAAGGUGCAUUCCCAUCUCCUUUCCAUGUUUCAGUUUGUAUUCAUUAAGAGUGGACACUCCUGCCUCCCUUGCAAUAGGACCUUCGGAUUAAUCAAAAAAGCUCUCGAUGUGCCCACAUGCUGAAUGUUCAGAAGACUACUUGGAUACCAUUGCAACCUCCAUCAGGAAGAUAUUUCUAACUGUGGUCAUAGUGUGAGGACUCUUUUGGAUGUCUGCAGCCUCCUGCAGAAUGUCGCCGAGCAUAGAGCCCAGGUGUUCUCACAGGCAUGCCAGCUUGCUGUGGAUACCAGUUACCUGAAGGGCUACAUCCCGAAAAUCAACUACACUCUGGACAAUGACCCAUCAGUAACAUUAAUGAAAGACUUCCUGAUGAAGGAGAGAAGGAGGUGGACCAGGACUAAGUUGGACAUCUCUAGAGUAGUACUCACACCAAAAUACCGAUGAGAGGGUCCUUCUGGAGGCAAAGGUCGACAGUCUUCAAAGUCUUUUGCUAGUAUUAGAGAGAAAUGCCGGGUAUUGGCACUCGAGACUGUUAAUAAAACAGAACCAUCUCCAAUAGGGAGGCAAGGAAGGUGAAGCCUUCCAGGCAGAGAGAGGAGACGUGGGCUGUACCAUAUUAGAUUACCUCUCAUCAUAUCCUUCUGACCUAUAGUGCCACCUCACACCUUACCCUGCCAGCCUUCAACAACAGACAACUUGUACCUCUUAUGGAGUGCUUUACAGAGGAUAAUCCAACAAGCUUUCCAGUGUGAGGUGAAAGUAGACAUUACUCUCCAGUAUAUAAUGGUUAGCAUGCCUAGCUAUGUGGUCUAGUGGUCAGCGUUCCUGGCUACCACUCCGCAGGUCCAGGUUUGAAUCCCAGCCCAGGAAGUUGGCAUGCAGAUCACUCAGCUGUUUAUUCUACCUUUCAGGCUGGUUGAUAAAUGGGUACCUGGGGAAACCUUGGGAAGAUAAACUGUGGCAAUCCCAAAUUUCACACUGGUUCAUGUCCUGAGGUGCUUGGUUGUUACCUACCACAGGCUCAAAGGGCCAACGGAUCAGAGGUGAGCACCGCAGCCACACGCAGCAACAUGCACUAACCUUUACCUACCCUAGCUAUGAAGCUACGGGACUGGGUUCAGCUCCCAGCCUGGACAGCCGAAGCACAGCCAACCUACAUCUUAACCCUCCCUUUCUGGCAUGACAAUAAAUGGGUACCAGAGGAAACCUGGGGAAAAUAAAAUGUGGGCUCUCACCCACAAGCUCAAAGGCAAAUGGGACAGAGAUGAGCACCAAGCCACACACAACUAUUUAGCAUGUGCUCCCAACUUUACCUUUACCAAUCAAUUUAUCUACCAUUCCAUCUACAUAUCACCCUCUCUAUAUAUAAUUUAUAUCUGUAUCUAUCUACCUAUCUAUCAUUGUCUCACUCUCUCUC